UAAAAAAAAAAGAUCUUGCUUGACAUUUUGAAUACAAGCCUAUUAAGAAAGAUUUUCUGCCUAUUAAUUUAUCAUACAGAAUUCAUAGAUGGGAACCAUGUAUUUAAUAUUCGUGUUUGCAGAAUUUUGUCUUUCUUCCUCCAAAGUCACUUUCAUGCUUAAGGUAGUGUUACGCCCAGAGUCCUCGAAUAAGUCUCCUCGUUAGUUUAUGUUACAAGAGACUAAAGAGAAGUUUAGAGUAGGACGGAACAAAUCGUUGGUCUCGCACACACAUGUUAUAAGUCGUAUGCGACGAGUCAAACGCAGCAAGUGAGCUCGAUUUAUAGGUCAGUGUCACAACACCCUAUGACGCUUACUUGAACUCGCACGUUUGUCUGGUCCUUAUUUCGUGUAAGCAAAUUGAAUCACUUUUACACGGGAUCGGACCUAAUGCUACCCUUUUUAAGAGCAAGGGAUCGGAGGUUCAGGAGUCAAAUAAGGGUAAAAAGUUUUGAUUAAAAUUUAUACAUUUAUUUAAUAAUAAAAAUUAUACUUUGACAUGAAGUUAAGUUAACAUUUAAAUUUAUUUAGCAUUAUAAUAAAAAAAUUUAUAACUUAACGAACUUAAAGUAGUACAUAUGUUUUUAAUCGUUGUAUAAGUGAAUUUAUAAACGUGUAUAUGCAUGUGUGAAGAGAGUGAGAGAUUCGGUGCCGAAAGGGAAACAAGCUUAAGAAUAUAAUUUUGUAAAGCUAAGACGGUUAAGGGAUGUUUGAUUUAGGUAGAAAAAAGUUAAUAAAAUCUUAACUAGAAUAUGGGAAACUUAAAUUCUAAACGUAUUACAUUAGAAGAAUUGAAUUCACUCCUUUUUCUUUUCAGGAAAAUUUGGCGGAAGAGAAUUAAAAACUUCAAAAAUUUCUUCGAUCCUUUCGGGUGGGAAUCGAUUUACAAAGUUUUCCGCUUCCUCGCGAGAAAACGGAGGAAAUUCGAACGCGGGGGAAUAAGAAUCCUCGAGUGGCCUUCGGAUCGGGGAAUCGGGAUUUCGGUAGAAAAAGUCAAGAGGCGAAGAUGUUAGAGGGAAAAUGAUUAUCAGGGAAAAGAUUUAUCAACACAAAGAUGUGCUCACGAAAUCAUGCGACGUUGACUUGGUUACAGAAUGGGAUCAAAAAGUAGAAAAUCUUUUAAUUGGCGGAAUAUCUUCCAAAUAUCCCGAUCAUAGGUUUAUUGGCGAAGAGAGCACUGCCUCAGGACAAAAAGUAGAAUUAACAGAUGCUCCAACAUGGGUAAUUGAUCCUAUUGACGGCACGAUGAAUUUCGUCCACGGAUUACCAUACACGUGCGUUUCGGUUGCGUUGCUUAUUAAUAAAGUAGCGGAAAUAGGAAUAGUAUAUAAUCCAAUUAUGGAGCAACUUUUCACCGCUCGCAAAGGUCAGGGCGCUUUUCUCAAUGGCGCUCCUAUUCACGUAUCCAACGAAAAGGAAUUGCGUAAGGCACUAGUAAUGGUAGAAAUGGGAACUAGCAGGGAUUCAGAAAAACUGAAAAUAGUUUUGCAAAAUAUAGCGCUCCUUACAUCACACGUUCACGGAAUACGAUCGUUUGGUUCGGCGGCUCUGAAUAUGUGCAUGGUAGCUAUUGGUGGUGCUGAUGUUUCUUUUGAAUUUGGUAUACAUGCAUGGGACAUCGCAGCCGGAGAUCUUAUUGUUCGAGAAGCCGGAGGUGUGUCGAUAGAUCCAGCUGGAGGUCUAUUUGACGUGAUGAGCAGAAGAACAUUAUGCGCAUCGUCGAUGGAAUUAGCUCAACAACUUUCCAAAAUAUUAAUCCAAUAUUAUCCAGAGCGAGAUUAAAAAGCUUGGAAAGUUCAUGUACAAAAUAAAGAGAUUAUACUUUAUACGGAUCGAGAAAUAAAUCGUUAAGAGGAUGCUAAAGUACCACGAAUUACCGACAUUUA